GCUACGUUCGUUUUUUGACAGGUAGCCGUAAACGGAAGCGGAAAUUUCCGCUUCUGGAAAAGCCUCUCAUCAUCAUCUCUCCUGUCCAUUCUUCCAAAAGGUCUAUAAAGUCUCCAUAGGGAAAGGCUCAUGGACUGAAGUGCCUGUCAGCGAUUGAGAAAUUCAGUCAACAGCCAUUUUUACAUCCUUUACUUAGCAGGUCUAGGACAAAACCGCCAUCAUGACUCACUCAAUGCUGCGACGCCAACUGAAGAACCUUGUUCAGAACUUCUCCGAGGCAGAGGUCAAGGUUCGGGAAGCAACCUCUAAUGACCCCUGGGGGCCAUCGAGCUCCCAGAUGGCCGACAUCUCCGACCUGACCUACAAUGUGGUGGCCUGUAACGAGAUUUUGGCCAUGCUCUGGAAACGCCUCAAUGAUGACAAGAAUUGGAGGCACGUGUACAAGUCUUUAACCCUUCUUGAAUAUCUGUUGAAAACGGGCUCUGACCGCAUCCCUCAGCAGUGUGUGGAGAACAUUCACAUUAUCAAGAUCUUAGUAGAGUACCGCUUCACAGACAAGGAUGGAAAGGACCAGGGGGUGAAUGUGAGAGAAAAGGCUAAGAUAGUGAUGGUGCUGAUUGAGGAUGAGGAAAAGAGGAAAGAGGAGAGGGCAUUUGCUAUGAAGACAAAAGACAAGUUGACAAAGGCUCCCACUGCAUCCUCUGCUGCAGGACCUGAAAAAGAAAAGCCAGAGAUCCCCCCAUAUACAGGGCUGCCCUCCCUGGACAACAUCCCAUCGGUGGCUGACCUGACCGCUGCCAUGGCCAAGAAGAAGGAAGAGCAAAAACGUCUGGAGGCCGAGAGGAAAGAGGCAGAGAGACGGGCAAAGGAAGGUGACACAGAGCCAGAUCUUUGGGAAAAAGGAGCAACGGCAACACCUCCGUCCAGCUCGGACCCCUGGGGAGCCCCAUCCGACGCAUCCAACGAAUCCGCCCUUGCUACCAACGACCCGUGGGGGGCCUCGUCUGAUGAGGCAAAGGAAUCCAGUUCAGCUUCUAAUCCCUGGGGUGAAUCUGCUGAUGGGAAAACCGAAUCUGCACCCGCAUCCAAUGAUCCAUGGGGAACAUCUGCCAGUGCCGAGAAUGGUUCUCCACCUGCCGCCAGUGACCCAUGGGGUGACUCUGCUGGAAUUUCGGAGAAUAAUUCAACGAAUGAUCCAUGGGGGGCUGAAACGGCGAAAGACUCUGACGCAGCAAUAUCAGAUCCAUGGGGAGCACCGGCGGAUAGUGUGCAGGAUUCAGCACCUGCAAACUCUGACCCGUGGGGGGCAUCACCAGUCACGUCUGAUCCAUUUGGCGAUGGUUCAAAAGCAGAUAAUGACCCUUGGGGCACAGCAGCAUCUUCACCCCCCACUGCGAAUGACCCGUGGGGUGCCCCAUCCGCUGCUGUGACGACUGGUGACCCUUUCGGGGAUGGUGGUAAAUCAGAUCCAUGGGGAGAUUCCUCUGAAAACGGUGACACUUCUACAAAACCUGCUGAGGAGACCAAAAAGCCAGUGUCCUUCCUCGGAGAAGGUGCUUCAUUGGUGGACUUGGACUCUCUUAUGUCAGUCAAGCCCAAACCGAAACAGCCCCCUCUCAGCUCCAUCCCCACUCAAAAAGCCCCGGGUAAGGAGGGCUGAGAGAGAGAGAGAGAGAGAGACACUGACAAUAAGAGCGACUGAGAAUAAAAGAGAGAAGCACUGUAUAGUUAUCUGUUUAUUUUUGAGUGUUUGUGAUGCGAUGUUUUACAAGCCUAGAGUUCAUAUAGUCAGAACAUAACCUGUACGUAGUUGAUGUUGAUCCCAUCUCAACAUGCUUUAUCCCUGCUUCUAUAUGCUAUCCAUUUCCCUUCUCCCUCCCUCCCUCCCCAUCUUCCCUUUUUGGUUUGCACACUUUCAACUUUCAUCCUUCCCAGGUGUUUUGCCAGCCACAGGUUUUAGCAGACCAUUGGGCGGCAGCAUAUCGAAUGCAGGCGGUUCUGUUGCACAGCCAUCCAUUCCAAAUUAUUUUGGUUUUAAUGCCAUGACACCCUGUUCCAGUGGCCUCUCUCCCUUAAACUCAGCCUUUGGGGUGCCUGCCGCCCAUAUGGCAUCUCCAACCCAGAAUGCAAGCCUUUCAGCUUUGACGAUGCCCAACAUGGGCUUUCCCAUGGCUAACCCUCACACAGCGGCUAGAAUGGUACGACCCAGCACUGCUGGCCCUCUUAUUGGUGAGUUUUCUUCUAUGUCUCUCACAGGAAGGGUUACCCCACAAGCUCCAGUUCUUCAUCGACCUCCAUUGGUUUGGGGCUCUGGAACUGGGGCAGUUGGGAAAGGAAAUAACAUUUUUUGAGGUCUCUUCAUCCCUAGCCUUCUCCUUUCCCCACCACCUUCAUCGAUCCUAAUUGAUUAUGUGUGUGUAUAAGUGUGUGCAAAUAUUUAAAUAUUAAUGAGCAACAAUAUACCGUAAGUUUUAUGUUUUGGGGAAAAAAAGCAUGCAUACCCCUGCCUUUCCAACAUGAUUGAAGCAGGUGUUUGGUUAAUUCACUUGUUGGAGUUUUUCAGUGUGUUUUAGAAGAUAACUGGCUUAUCUACUGGAAUAUCUGACCUGCCACUGGCAGAUUUUGGAAAUAUAUGCUUUUAUUCAGCAAGGACAAUUCAUCAGUAAAUGCAUUAAUGUUACAAAAGAAUUGAAUUUCAAAUAAAUGCUGUUCUUUGGAA